AUGGCGACAGCUACAGUGAGCGGCACCGGGUCGUCCGCGUCCACCGGGAGGAACGCGAAUGCCGCCGGACCCAGUCGGCGCUCUCCCGCUUCCCCUUCAGCUCUCCGACCAGUAGAGCGCGAGCGCGAUAUCUGGGGCUUGGGCCUGUCCUCUGAUCUUCCACCGACCCCUUCCCCUGCUCCGAGUCAGACACACUCCCGGCAGCCCUCCCUACUUCGCCGUCGACCCCUUAUACCGACCAACGGAGAUACUGGCGCCCAAGGCCAAGGACACCCGCUAUAUCGGACCGACUCUCCCCCGAGGCAUAGCGAGGACAGCUAUGUUGAGGUUCUGAGCGAUGUGUCUCGCCCGAAUCUCACGAGGCUGACUAGCGAUCUGGAGAGAAGGGCGGGUAGCAGUAGAGGGAAUGGAAGUGAGGAAGGGAGCCGGAAGGGGAGUUUGGACAUGCUCCGGAUGAGCACGAAUGAAGCGCAGGGAGGUGGAGAGGUAGAGGUGUUGAUACAUCAGGUCCAGCCCAAUGAGUCUCUAGCUGGAAUAGCGCUCCUCUACGGGAUAGAUCUCGCAACCCUUCGCAAGACCAACAAGCUCUGGCCGUCCGAUCCCGUCCAUCUCCGUCGACACCUCUACGUCCCGCUCGAAGCGUGCAAGUGGAACAAGGCGAGCGAAACGCUCAUACGCGGACCGGGGGAGGGGCAGGUCACGCUCGCUCCGAAGAACCCUGGGAACCGCAAGGGACGGGAGAGGGAGGUGACGCCGAAUCUCAUCGAUCUGACCGAUGACUCGGCAGAGAUGGAGAAGGGACAUCGGCGGGCUGUGUCUAUGGCGGUAGCAACGCAAUCGCCCUCCUUGUGGAAGCCACAGAUGACGCGCUCGACGAGCGAGGCGGCGUUGUCGGGUGAGGACGUCGAUCCUUGGAGCAGCUUCAGUCCCAUUGCUUCAGCUCAUUCGACCGGCGGAUGGGGAGAUACGCUAGACGAGCGACCUCCAUCUCCUCCCUCGCUCCCACACAUGGAACCAGCAGCAGGUCCACCUCACACUCGCACGGUCGAUAUAGUUCGUAUCCCAUCUUCACAGCUCCGCUUCUUCCCAAAACCCCCAAAACCUCCCGACUCUUCCCGCACCUCAUUCGACUCGGGCCCUCGUCCCCCAUCAUCCCUCCGCCCAAUCGUUCCCUCCUCCUCACCUCCUCUACCACCCCUAUCCAUCCAAAACGAUCUGAACUUCUCACACGAGACCGCCCCAUCCCGCAAAUCCAGCCUCACAGCGAGCUCGGGCGGGUCCAUGGUCCGCCUCCGCCCGCCCACAUCAGCCCCUUCGAGCGGCACAGGUCUCGCGGACAAGCUGUCAAACUUCUUCUUCAUCCCCCCUCCGCCGGCUGGAGGGCUAUCGGUGCCCCCUCCCAGAUCCCGUCCCAAUCCGGCGCGGAUAUCGCUCGAUUCGGCGCGGUCAAGCCCGAGAGGGAGCGUCAGGGGAAGCACGGCCGGCAGUCCCACUAUAGAGGCUGCGCGCCCGGCGGAGGAGGUGGAGAUGAUGCUCAGGGACAGGAGAGGGAGUGCGGAGACGCUGAGAGUGAAUGGAGGGAAGGGCAAGGGGAACGGGAAUGGGGUGUCGGGUGAUAGAAGGAAGCUAGAUUAA